AUGGAUCUCCAGAGUAUAUUCCUUCUUUCCAUCGCCUCCAAAAGGAUGAACAAUUUGAUUGUAUCAGUGGAGAAGGCUCGUUUCACUAAAAUAAAAUACAUUCUAAUGAAUAUCGCUCACUCGAUGCGGAUUGAAGCAGUGAGUUAUGAUGGUAGUUCCGAAGUCAUUAUUGAAAUUUAUUGCAAAACAACCUUGGUGAAAUGUUUAGGUACUCUGUCCAUUUUCGGGACUAAAGUGGAGUUCGGAAAGCUCCCUUCUCCACGCCCUCAAGAUUUAGUUCUAAUUUACAACAACUAUCUUACAAACAAUCCUGAUCGAGUUUUCUCUCGUACAAUACUUGAAUCAAUUCAAAAUUAUAGUUACUCAUUGUUUGGGAAUGACAAAGAGUAUCAGGUGAAUGUGUGUAUGUACGAAGAAUUCAAGCUUCCAAAUCUGAAGAAUGUCAAUUCAUCUUAUAUAUGGAAAUUUCCAACAAUUGAAGGAAAAACUCUUGAUGAUUUCUGCUCUUUGUCCCCAAAUCAAGAGUUUCUUUUUGUGGGACCAGAAGUCAAAGGCCAAUUAGAUGAUAGUUCUGUCAUAUACGGAUAUAAAACAAUACAAAUUGAAGAGAAAGAUGCCAUGAUUGUACCUAGUAUCUUGCGUAAAUUCCGUGGUAACCAAGCGUUCUUAUGGACGUCAAAAAUUGAGAACUCUGAUAUAGUUCAAUUUUUGAAAAGGUGGAUGUUAAAUGACGGAUUCGAUAAUUUGGAAGUUUUAACUAUCGAUUCAAAGUUAAACUCUCAACUUUUUGAUCCAACGGAAAUUAGGAACUCAAUUGGUUUCAGCGAGUCAAAUACAGCGAUAACUCCACCAAUAUUUUACUUCAAAAGAAGACAGAUGAUCCAAUUCCUACCAAUCGAUUCGCUAAUCCAUUCCAAGAUGGCAAUGGGCUCAUUUCCACAAAAGAUGCUCGAUUCUCAACUGGCUCAAAACACAUCUCCAUUACUUUCCUAUCUUCAUCUGGCAUGUCAUUCGGAGGUUUCAGACGAAGGUUCUCUGUUGCAACUUUACGACGGAGCUCUUUCAGAAUCUGUAACAAUAGAAUCCAAUAAAUUCACAGAAAACGUUCCACUCAACCUUGACUUCGGAGUACGAUUUAUAAACAGAGACACGUGUCUGAUGAUGAUAUCGAACCAAGUCACUGAUAUUCUGGAAUUCAACAAUCAGAGUGAUACAACAAAAUAUCAUCUAUUCUCUACUUCAAAACAGAACUCUUUCAGAUAA